CCCUAGAGGGCGCGCAACACGUAGAUGGCAACUCGGGCCCCCAAUGCGCCGCCGCCAGGGGCAUCGCCAUCGCCGGCGGCCGUUUCCUCUUCCGACCGCCGUGCUGUGAGUUGGAAGUUUUCGAAUUUCUUUAUAAGUUUUGUGGAAACCCAGUUGAAUGCAGAACUGUUUUUGGAUUCAACAAACAUUUUCUUGAACUUGAGUAGGAACUUCAAAUUUUCCAUCUGAAAAGCAAAAUUUCUCCAGUUGAGCGGCAAAAUUUCCAAACUGGAAGUACAAAUUAACAUAUGUAAGUUCCUUAUUCACCCGGAUGGAAAUUAAAAUUUCGAAAUCGAGUUCGUAAUUACGAUUCGGAAGCAAAUCUUCAGUUGGAAGUUUUUUUUUCUUUUCCCUUGAAUGCUACAAGAGCGAGCUCGUUGCCACUUCGCGCUUUCGGUUGACAGACUCUGUUCCCAGUUGCAGGAGCCUGGCAUUUGCCGGUGGUCUCAGACUUAUUCCACAAACGAAUCCUCCUUCGCUUUCCAACAGCAUAAUUGAAUCCCUCUUGAGCACUCAGCACUCCCAUGGCAUAAUAAGUAGGCAAAGAAGAGAGCACCGACUUAACAAUUUGUAACCUCCCUCCAAAUGAUAGAAAAGAAGAACAAGAGGCUAGUCUUCUAUCAAUUUUGUCAGUGACAGACAUUCGAUCCAUUGAAUUCUGGGCUUAGAAACACCCACUUCACACCCUAAUACCCCAGCCAGAUUAGUGGCCCUUGCUUCUGAUAUACUGUAUAUUAAUUGGGGCUAAACAAGACUUGUGGUAAUUAACUCUAAGACCAGCAUAUUGCGCAGAAGUCUCAAGAAGCCCCUGUAUGCAAAGUAGUUGAGUAAUAGACGCCUGCAUGAUGAUUAGCAAAUCAUCUGCGUACUGAACAAUUGGAAUGUCCCGGUGUCCAUUAAGAACAGGUAGCUGGAACAGACCCAGAUCAUGCACCUUAUUUAUCACUUCUGUAAAAGCUAAGACAAAUUAAAGAGGGGGCAGAGGGUCUGCUCGACGAACUCCCCUUCUGCAGUGAUUUUUUCCCUGGGAACUCCAGUAAGAAGCACAGCCGAGGUGCCUAAGCUGUUCUCAACCCAACCCAUGUGAUGGAUGAACUAAGGUAUAUUCUGCAGGAAGAUAAGAGUAGGGUGACAGUUGAAACGGUCGCCAUCUGGAUGAAAACUCCCUCUUACAUAUCUAUCACCGUUUACAGGCAAUGUGGGAAGGAAGUACCGGUUGCAAGGAAGUUGUUCAUGCUUCUUCCUUCAUUGACUUUUUUGUUGGCAAAAUAAAUCAGCAAGUAGACAAUUGUUUGUUAUGCUUCUUCACUCAUUGACUUUUCAACAAUACACGAAAGUCGUCUCCAUCCAUGGUAUCGCCCAUUGCAAAAUAGUUGGCGACAUGUGUGCCUAGUUGACUAUGCUGAAGGACAUCUCAAACUAGCAAGCUAGCUGGACCACAGGCUGAUAAUUUGAGGGAGCUCUUCUACAACGAAGAAACAGGUACGAAUUGUUUGUCUUAUCAUGAUGAUUUACUUAAUCAUGAGAUUAUAUUUAUGUAUCUGGGCACAAUAUUUAGGGGUGAAUUUUGCCAUUUAGGCAACAAUAAGUAUGCUCGGUUGUUUUCAAGAUCUAAUGGUUUCUUGUGGUGGCAGUUUCUCAACUAACUAGAUCGAAGCUGCCUCAAAUGCCUGGCUUAUCCAGGAGACGCAGCCAAAUAGGGGAAGCUUCUUGCUAUUUCGUGGGUUCGAGUUAAGGGUUUGCUACCAAAGUAGGUAGGAGUAGGGGUGUAUUAUGUGUAUAUCAGGUAUAGAAUUUGAAAUUCUGAUUGCCUAGCCCCCAGUUCGUGCCAUCUUGUCACACCUUUCUUCUCCAUCCCCUGCCAUUAGUACUUAUCAAACUCAUAUCCUAAUUGAAAAGAUGCUUCUAGAUGCCAAUCCCAUUCCAGGUACGAUAAUCUGUUCGUGGUAAUGGCCACAUUUAUUCUUUUCUUGUAUCAAGCUCUGCACCUCCUACUAUGUGCUACUUGUAAGUUGUAAGGAUAUGCUGGAGGGUUCUUCGACGUCGACAUUUUCUUUUGAAAAGAAUCAGAAUAACCAUAUUUUAUAUUAUUUUAAAAUGAACUUUCUUGCAGCCAAAGAUAAAAUCAAUUUGCAAAAGAGAUCAAGAUUUCCUCAGCCUCACUGAUAUUAGUAUGCCAUUGUUUUUUCUUUGAGAAUAUAAUACUAGUCUGCAUUGUGAUACAGCCAAGCCAAUGUUCCCUGUUUUGCAAAUCUAGUCUUGGUUUGCAGUUUGCAAAUGGAUUACCAAUGGAGCAACCUUAGGGAUUUCCUUCAAACAAAUGUACAAGAGGUGCGUGAAAGAUCAUACAGCAACUAUAACCUAAUAUUUUACACGCAAAAAGAGAUAGAGGACAUUACCAAUGGAUAUUCUACCGUAUUGGGAGAAGGGGGAUUUGGUAUGGUUUACAAAGGAAUAUUAGAUGAUCAGCGUCCAGUUGCAGUAAAAAGGUUCAAAAAUGAAACCAAGAAGGAAGAUUUUGCCAAGGAGGUGACUGUGCAUUCUCAGAUAAACCACAAGAAUGUUGUCAGACUGUUAGGUUGCUGCACGGAGGAUAAUGCUCUUAUGAUUGUUAUGGAAUUUAUCUGUAAUGGAAACCUCUACAACAUGCUUCACGGCAGCAAUGAGGCCGGUCUUGUCCCUUUCCCUUUGGAAAAACGUCUGGACAUUGCGGUUGAGUCAGCUGAAGCACUAUCCUGCAUGCAUUCAAUGUAUAGUCCUGUCCUUCAUGGUGACAUCAAACCGGCUAAUAUAUUGUUGGACGAGAACUGCUUGCCCAAGAUAUCUGAUUUUGGAAUAGCAAGAUUGCUUUCUACUGGUGAUGCCCAGCAUACAGAAACUGUCAUAGGUCCCAUAGGUUACAUGGAUCCUUUAUACAUAAAUAGUGGGAAAUUAACUCCAAAGAGUGAUGUGUAUAGCUUUGGAGUUGUUUUGCUAGAAAUAAUUACGAGAAAAAAGGCGGUCGACGGGAACACUAUCCUUACUCAAAGUUUCAAUGAGGCCUUUGGAAAAGGGAAGAAGGUGAGACACUUGUUUGAUGAGAAAAUUUCGUCUGGAAAAAAGAACACUAAGCUGCUUGAAGACGUUGCAAAGCUAGCAAUUGAGUGCUUGAGAUGGAAUGACAACCUGCGCCCACAAAUGAUAGAAGUGGGUGAUAGACUAAGGAUGAUUAGAAAAGCUCUGCACAAGCUCAGGGGCAGACAUAGUGCUGGGUUUUCAGGCAGCAACUAUGUCGACCCCUCCAGCAAAACUCCGCCAACUUCGCCCAUUAUUACACUGGACAAACUGAAGAGCGUAAGCAAGAACUUGAUGCCUCCUGAUGUGCUAGGAUGUGUCCCAUACACUACUUUUUUCCUUGGAACCACAGGUGGCAACAGAUGUGUGAUAAAGAAGCUCGAUGCCUCACUUUUUGAGGAAUUCCAGGACCAGGUUCCGAUCAUUUCAAAAUUGAAGCACGAGAAUGUUGUCCACCUUUUUGGGCACUUUGUUGAAGGGAACGUUCAUGUUCUUGCAUAUGAGUAUGCAACAAUGGGCUCCUUGCAUGAUGGAAUACGACGGCGUGCUCUAUCAUGGAAGCAGCGGGUGAAGAUCGUCUUAACUGCUGCAAAAGGACUUGAAUUUCUCCACGAGAAAGCAGAGCCUCCCAUCAUCCACAAG